AGGGGGGCUUAGCGUGCUUCUAAGAUGGCGCGAGAACACUGCGAUCCACGAGGUCCCGCAGCGCUCCUGUAUCUGAAGAGCUCCGACAGUUAGAAAGGAGACCUGCUGGAUCUCAGAGACCAGGACCAAGAGCGGGAUGGAGGAGGACAACCAGGACCCGGAGCCCCGGAGCAACAACGUCCCCGGAGGACAAACAGCAGGCUCGAGCUCUGAUAGCACCGAUGUUCAGAGCAUUGUGAAGCUACAAAAUAUGGUAAAGAGAGUUUCCCAAAGCCUUUUCCAUAAUCAGUACAAGACCCUCGUUUCAUCAACCUCUGACCCCAGUGGAUCAUCAGUAAAUGAGUCCCGAAACAAACAGAAACGGAGAGGAAAAGACGGAGACACACAUCACCGCUGUGACGAAUCCUUCACAAGAUCUGUAUCAGUAAAGAUUCAUCAGAGUGUUCAAACUGGAGAGAAAAAGUUCAGGUGUGAACAGUGUGGAAAAGCUUUCGCUACAUCAAGUAACCUAAAAAACCACCUAGGUGUUCACACUAGAGCGAAAUCAAACUGCUGUGAACAGUGUGGGAAAGCUUUCACUAAACCAAGUAACCUAAAAGCACACCUACGUCUUCACGCUGGAGAGAAACCGUACAGGUGUAAACACUGUGGGAAAGCUUUCGCUACAUCAAGUUACCUAAAAACCCACCUACGUCUUCACACUGGAGAGAAAUCAUACUGUUGUGAACAGUGUGGAAAAGCUUUUGCUAAAUCAACUUCCCUAAAAAACCACAAACGUGUUCACACUGGAGAAAAACCAUACUGUUGUGAACAGUGUGGGAUAGCUUUCGCAACAUCGAGUAACUUAAAAAGCCACAUACGUCUUCACACAGGAGAGAAAUCACACUGUUGUGAACAGUGUGGGAAAGCUUUCAGUACAUCAACUUACUUAAAAAGACACAGACAUCUUCACUCUGGAGAGAAACCGUACUGGUGUGAACAAUGUGGGAAAUAUUUUGCCACAUCGAGUAUCCUAAAAAAACACCAACGUGUUCACACUGGAGAAAAACCAUACUGUUGUGAACAGUGUGGGAAAGCUUUCACUACAUCAGCUCACCUAAAAGAUCACCUACGGGGACACACAGGAGAGAAACCGUACUGGUGUGAACAGUGUGGGAAAGCUUUUCUUACAUCAAGUUACCUACAAAAACACCUACGUGUUCACACUGGGGAGAAACCAUACUAUUGUGAACAGUGUGGGAAAUUUUUCACUGAAUCGAGUAGCCUAGCACAGCACAGACGUGUUCACACUGGAGAGAAGCCGUACUGGUGUGAACAAUGUGGGAAAACUUUUAGUCAUGGUAGUUCCCUUAAAAAGCACCAACGCAGUCAUGCUGCUUUGUUGUAAAAAUGUUUCAGAGCCUCCUCCUCAUGUCCUGAUGCUGUGUUGUUGUAUUCUCUACAGGCUGAGGAUUAGACAAAAGUAACUUUAUAUUCUGAGCAGCAUGUUUUUUACUGCGGCUUCUAGAGCUCUACCAAUUUAUUGGCAUGCCGAUGUUAUCAGAUGAUAUAAUAGGGCUGGCUGGUCUAUUGGUAUAAUGAGGUAUUCCGAUAUGAUUAAAGAGAGAGAGAUAAAAUCAAACAAUACAGUUUAUACCAAUAUAGUUUGAUGUUGAGUUAAUUAAUAUUCCUGUUAAGUCCUGCCAGCGUUUGCUGCUCUCCCUUCCUCGCUGCGCAGCCCCGCUCCUCCCUCUGCAUGCAGCAGCGUACUCACAAACUCUCUAACAACAGGGAGGGGGAGACAGUGCUGAAGACCUGACUUGUAAAAAGUAAGUUGCAGAUGCAU